AUGACCAGCAACAAAGACGCAGUAGCAGCUUCAACUUUACCUUCGCCCGCGCUCGAGCAACAAGAGGCUGCGAGUCCGCGCCCCCUGCAGCCCGACGCCGAGGAGCCGCUGGUCAAGAAGCGGCGCACCAAGAACUUCCAGCUGCGCGAGGAUCUGGCCAAGUCUCGAGGCUCCGUCACGGUCCAUGUUCCCGCCUUUGAGCCCCUGACUUUUGCCACGUGGGACGAGUUUAUUCAGGCCUGGAACGGCUACAUGGCGCGUACGAAGACCAUGUACCGCCGCCGCAGCUCGUCCACCACCACGUACUGGAAUAGUAAGCACAAAUUCAAGAAAUACCCCGUGCCGGAGGACUUUAAGUACGCCACCAUGGCCUAUUGGUGCACCCAUGGCUGUAUUCAGCCGUCCCGUGGCAAUGGGGUACGUACCCAUCUGCACAACCGGUACACGGGCUGCUCGGCCCGCAUCACGGCCGACGUGGUAUUCGAAGUGGUGGAAGGAGAGCCCAAUCGAGUCCGCUGGCUCGUGCGCGUGCGCAACCAGAUCUCCCAGCACAACCACCGUAUCAGCGAUGAGAUCUACAGCUGCUACACCAACAACAGCUCCGUACCUGAUGAGCUGCUGCUAGGCCCGGAGGGCGAGCAGAAGCAGGAACAAGGAGACGACGCAGCUUAUGAGCCGUCGGCGCGCAUCCUGACGGAGCUGGAUCCGAUGGCUGUGGAUGCGGUAGGAUUCACAACGAGAGGAUCUACCGACUCGAAACUGAGUGUGAAGACGGCGGCGAUCAACGCACCAUCCGCAACUGUGUCUGGGUUUAUGCUGAAAGAGGCGCUAGCGAAUGAUCACAAAAUGAACAUGGCAGCUUCGGAGAUGCAGCCGCUCUUGGAAGAGCUGAGGAACACGCCGUCACGUGUGAUUCACAAGCGUCUGCAGGAUGUGGCGGAGAUGGUCGCACAUUUGCAAGCGAAGUGGCACCAGGACCGUGUUGCUGAGGAAGCCACGCAAGCUCAUGCUGUCCCCAUAGCUUCCUUAGCAGUUGACCAAGCUACAGCUGCGACAAGUGAAGCACUUGGCAAGUCCAAUGCGAUUGCCUCGAUCACCGGUCUGCCUCCAGGUGCCGCUUACUACCUGACGCCACGCGUGGAGCAGACCACAGCCGAAACAAGUCGUGCGGUCCCAACACCAGUGAUGACCGACAACAGAUCGGGUGAUGAAGCAACCACCACUCCAGGCGACCGGGAAAUGCCAGAAAAGAGCGGACAGGUACUAGGUAACCAGCGUGGUCCUUCUGAGGCUGUGUAA